AUGAAGUACUCCCUCGCUCUGUCGACUCUCCUGUUGGCUGGUCCCAUCCUCGCCAGCCCCUGCCGCCCCAAGUCCGUGUCGUCGUCGUCUUCUGCGGCUGUUGUCGCUGUCUCGUCGUCGGCAUCCGCUGCACCUUCGUCACGUGUGUCUUCGUCGCCCGUGCCUUCGUCGGCUGCUCCUUCCUCCUCGGGAAUUUUGAGCACGCCUGCAUCGUCGUCGUCGGCCCUUCCCUCCGUGGUCCUUCCUUCGUCGUCUUCGUCGGCGCCACCCGUCGUCAUCCCCUCCUCAUCGGCCGCUCCUUCCUCCGAGCCCACUCCUUCCUCGUCGUCUGCCAUCGCGUCCCACUCGGCCUCUGCGUCGUCGUCCUCCUCGGCGGCCCUCCCCUCGUCCAGCGGUGGCCUCACCACCAACCCCGGCCAGCCUUCCUGCAGCACCGACAACCUGUUUGUCGACAGCGACUUCUCCCUCGGCAUCUCGUACUGGCCCUCCAACGUGCUCACCGGCGCCCCCACCUGCUCGCUCGGCGCCAACUGCGGCUCGAGCCCGACGGGCGCGGCCUACGCCCAGUGCCUCGAGCUCGACCUCGUGACCCUGGGCCAGGCCGAGGGUCUUGCCUUCCACCAGCAGGUGGCUGUCGUCAAGGGCACCGCCUACAAGGGCUACUUCCACUACCGCCUGUCGUCGCUGGGCGUCUACGGCAAGAGCAUGGUGACGCUGACUUGCACGGUGAACGGCGAGGUCAAGUACAACCGCGUGCUGUGCGACACGGAGGUGUCCCAGGCCUACCGGACCGUCGACUUUACCUACACGGCCGACUGCACGGAGGCGACGUUCCAGUGCCAGGCGACGACGUCGGGUGUGACCGCGCAGCUGCAGUUUGCCGAUUUCUACCUCGGCGAGCAGUGCUAG